AUGUCGUUAUCAUCCCAAUCAGUAAUGAGUGGGAUGUUGAUUACUGAUUGGGAUGUUGAUAAUAAGCACUUCUUCUAUGCUGGCAGUUGUUCAGAAGGAGUGUUGCAAGGGGCUGAAAGUCCUCACCUGCUUGCCUUACGAUUCCUGGAGGAUGGCGUGAUACUCUGUGGGAAGAAAGUCAUUCCAUCAACUUAUAGAGCUCUGGAUAUCCUAUAUGGGCGUAAUCCUUGGAAUAAAGGGAUUCCUUUUAUAUUUAUCACUAAUGGAGGCGGUACAUCCGAGGACGACAGAGCGCAGGUACUCUCACGUUUACUCAGCCGUGACAUCAAACCGAGUCAGAUCCUGCAAUCGCAUACUGUCAUGAAGGGGUACGUUGGGAACGAUUCAGGGCCAGAUAACCUAAGGGAUGAACAAAUCCUUGUUCUUGGUGGUGUGCUUGACGAGUUGAGGCAUGUUGCAAAAAAUUAUGGUUUCCGCAACGUGUAUACGACGCAGGACAUUCUGGCCUGGAAUCCAGACAUUUGGCCAUUCCACACUCUCACCCAGCCGGAACUAAACCACACAGUCAGACAUGACUUCUCCACAGCACCCAUUACUUCAAUUUUUGUUAUGCACGACCCUCGUAACUGGGCACUCGACAUCCAAAUUCUCACUGACGUUCUCCUCUCCCACCCUCACCCGCUUGGAUCCUGCCCGCCUCGUUAUAAGUGGGGUCAAAAAGGAGCGAAACUUUUCUUUUGUAACCCGGAUUUGUUAUGGAAGGGUGGUUUUGACAUGCCGAGAUACGGACAAGGUGCUUUCAGGGCUGCCUUUCAAGCUACGUUCAAAGCAGCAACAGGCUCAGAGUACCCGUAUGUGGGGUUCGGAAAACCUAACAAGAUAACGUUUGAUUAUGGAAAGUCUAUGCUCCGUAAGCAAUGGGAGGAUUCAGGAUGGCAGCUUGACGACAAGAAUGCGCGGUUACCAAAAGUGUUUAUGGUUGGCGAUAAUCCUGAAUCUGAUAUCGCCGGCGCUAAUGCAGCAGGCUGGUGUUCUCUCCUCGUUAAGACAGGCGUGUACGACUCCGAUGGUGCGCCUCCAAAGCAUACGCCCACGGCCAUUGUCAAUGAUGUAGAGGAAGCUGUUCAGUGGGCUGUUAAGUCCGUCUUGCCUUAAAGCCAUGAGGUAUUUGAUGGUGAUUAUAAUGGAGGAAUGCCAGUGUUCUCGAGUCUGGCAUUACUAUAUAUACAUCGCGUCUUGCGGCCACUCUUAAACACUUACGUUGAGCGAUCUUUCCCAUACUCAUCUGGGUCUUCGAACGGUUUCUCAGAC